GUGGCUAUAUGAUACAUACCAAUCUCGAUUAUUACCUGAACGAUUAGAAUGCAUGGCUCAAAUUCAUUCAUUUUACAUCCCCAAUCUCAAGAAUAAACUUAAAUUUUAUGGAAAAGAGUUAUCAGAAAGUGAACUUUGUGAUAGUGCAUUAACUCAAACAACCUAUGCAACAACAAAUAAUAAUGACAUAAUUUUUGAACUAAAUGAUAUUUCAGAAUCUUUUCAAUUCUCAAAUCAUGAGAAUCUUGAGAUUGAGUCAAUAGUUAAUUUGGGAAGUGGUAAUAUGGAUUUUAAUUCUUUGACUAUCAUAAAAAGUGAACUCUGGUCUGCAAAUUUGUUGUAG